AUGCACAGCACCUACCCGAAGCAGCACUGCGGGUGCGACUUCUGCUGCAGCCGCCGCUCCGUCAACGCAAAGAAGUUGGCGGCGAGCCAGGCAGCCUUUCAGCACAGCAGCGCGAUGCAGCGUAACGGCUGCAACUGCGACUGCCACAGCAAGGGGCUGGGUGGCGUCUCGUCCUUCGACCCCGACUACCCGGUGCCGGUCAACCAGACAGCCCUCAACGCCUCCCGCGGGCGAAACGGAGUGCCUGGAGGAAACCAGUACACCAUCCGGAACAACUCUACGCGGGUGGCGGGCACCGACGCCUCGCGGAGGGACGGCGGAAACAACUCGAUGAAGGAGACGGCGGAGGAGCGUGAGGCCCGUGAGGCGGCGGAGUUGGACGCACUGGAGCGCCUUCUCAUGCUGGAGUACAAGGCCCGGACACAGGCGACCAUAGAAGCGGAGCGCCUCAAGCGGAAUGCCACGAGCGCGACCGCCCGCGAUCCGAAGCCUCUGCCGGAGGGCUACUCGAGCAGCUCGACAACUGACAGAAUGGGGCACCUGGAGUCUGGUAUGGAGGGCAGCUUCAGUCCAGGUACUUGUACGAUCCACGAGGCAUACGCCAUGGCGCAUGAUUGCCCUGCAGAACCGCCGGUGCAGUGCCAUGCGUCUCACCGCCUGCAGGAUACGAUGGACGACGUGCGCAAAGUAACUGCGGACCCGAUCAACACCGGCAACCGCCGCGCACUGCAGAAGCUACUGCAUCAGCAUGGUAUGGCCGAGACGCCAACCAGCGAAAGCGGUGCUGUCACCAGCAAGACCGCCAGCGGGACAGAGCAGAACGCGUUUGGCUCGUCACUAGCGCAGAUCCGUACGAGCUACGCGCACCCCCGCGGCGCAGGUCUUGUCUGGGUGCCGACAGUGCAGUCAGUUUCCAUGUCGCAGUCUUCCAUGAAGGACUCGAAUCCUCCGGUGGUACACAGCAGCAUUGCUGCCGGUGGUGGUAGCUCAAAGCGUCCGCCAGUGCUGUCGCCUGGCGCCGCAGCUGCUGUGGCCGCCGAGGCGAAUCGAGUGAGCUACGCAGCGCACCACUGA